UGCUGACGCUGAUGCACGCAUACAUUCGCGCGCUUUGCAUCGCAACGCAAGGAUGUUCCAGUGUCACGUCGAUUAUUAUCCGUGGUGACACGGGUGUUAUGCGACCUUGGGAGCAAUUGAGAAACGAAUCAUUUUCCGCGGAGAUCGACGAAUUUUCCCUUCUCGACUCGUUAAGAAAACAUGCCGCCGCAAACGGAUGCAGUCCCGAAGCUCGAGACACCGUCGAGCGGAAUUAAUGCUGUUCUAUUGGGACCACCUGGUAGCGGCAAGGGCACUCAGGCGUUGUUAUUUAAAGAUAGAUACUGCGUAUGUCAUCUGUCCACGGGUGAUAUGUUAAGGGCUGAAGUCAGUUCCGGUUCUACUCUGGGAACUCAAAUCAAAAAGAUAAUGGAUGAGGGUAAAUUGGUUAGCGAUGACUUGGUAGUUAGCAUGAUUGAAAGCAAUCUGGACAAACCUGAGUGCAAGCGUGGCUUCUUGUUGGAUGGAUUCCCUAGAAGUGUACCUCAAGCAGAAAAACUUGAUGAAAUGCUCAGUAAUAGGAAAACAAAGCUUGACACUGUCAUUGAGUUUGGAAUUGAUGACAAAUUAUUGAUCAGCAGAAUUACAGGCAGAUUGAUACAUCCAGCUAGCGGUAGAUCUUAUCAUGAGACACUUGCUCCUCCUAAAGCUCCAAUGAAAGAUGAUAUCACUGGGGAACCUUUGAUCAAGAGAUCAGAUGACAAUGAAGAUGCUCUGAAAAAACGAUUGACGACAUAUCACACGCAAACUUCACCACUCGUCGAUUAUUAUGCUCUGCAAGGAAUUCAUUAUUACAUUAAUGCUGCCCAAUCCGCCGAAAAAGUCUUCAAAGAUAUUGAUCAAAUCUUUCUGAGAGCCACUAAGAAGAAGGGAUUCUUCAGUAGAUUUUUUUAGAAUAUCGUCAAUAGAAAUAGUUUCUAAAACAUCCUUUUUUCUUUUUUUUUUUUUUAAUAGGAUUUUACUUUUAGAAUUUUAUUAUUUUUGAAGGAAAAUUGCAGAAUUACAGAGAUAAUCGUAAAUGCGUUAAGUUUACAAUAUGCUGCAAAGAUGACGAUUUAUGUGUCUAACGCUUGUUUUAACUGAGAGCAAUCUGCAUCUAAAAUAAUCUUAGUAACAUAUAACAGUUGCAUUUACAAAAAUUGCUGUAAACAGUAUAUUUCGUAGCAAUAUCAAAUAUAAAGACAUGUAGUAAUAUUUUAUAAGGCACCAUAAUUUUCUAAAGGGGUAUGAGAAGUUAUGACUGCAAAUGAAAUGCACACAGUUUAUCAAUGCUCUAAAAAUAGGUGUAAAAUAUAUAUGUAACACCAAUCAUAUAUAACUUUAGAGAAAAAGAUAUAUAUUUGUAUAUAGUUGCUAAAAGGUAUUUUGAUUCAUUGUUACUACACUCUAUUUUUAUGCAAUGUUUAUAUCGUACUGAAGUACAUUUAUCGAGAAAAUCUUUUACAUAUCUCGACUUAUUUUUAGUUUUUCCUACCUCGGGGAUUUAUCAGUUUAAACAAGCGAAAUAUCAGUGAAAAAUAAGUUUAGAAAUCGUUUAUCAGUCACAUAUAUGCACAUUCUUUCGAAUUCUGUAAUUAUAUCGUUCUUAACGCUAAAUGCGACCGUCUUAUAUCGAUUUUUACUUUUCUCAUAAAGAUCGAAAAAUGUAAGAAUUUUUUAUUGUAUGUAUUCAAUAAUGAAUGAAUUAACUCAAGAUGAGAAGAUUUAUAAUUAAUACUUGAAUUAAUUAUAAUUAUAAGAAUAUAAUAACAUUUGCCUGCUGCAUUUAACAUUAAAUGGAAUUUAAAUAUUUACAAUUAUAGUUUAUCACUUUUUCAAUUGCGACAGCAACUGUUGAGGAAUCAUCACUAUUAAACUGUAUAAAUACACAAAACAUAUUGCAAUGCUACACAUCAUUGCUAUACAGUAUACAUCAUUGCUAUACAUCAUUUUUGAAGACACAAUUUUACGAGAGCACGAAUGAUACAGAUCUGAAACUAUUUUACAUAAAAGAAACAAAUAUAUAUAUUCUGAUAUAAUACUAUUUCAUGUAUGUACACAACUUUUAAAAUCCCAAUAUUUUCCGAAAAAACGAAUGUGAAUUUAGAUAAAAAUAAACUAUUUGUGAAAUCUUA